UCAAAACGAGAAAGAUCACGUGUAGCAUCCGGCAAGAGAUGCUACAAUAAAAAUUCGAUCGCGUACGCUUCAAACCAUCGUAGCGACAUGGCUACGAGAUCGCAAUGGUUGCUGUUAACUUGGUUGGGAUUCUGCGCGGCAUGGAUGGACGAAAGGCCUGUGUUGGAGUCUCGGGACGGAAAUCUGUUCAUUUCCUCUGCGAAGGACAAGAACAUCACCCUGAAGAUCUUGGGACAUGGCCACUUAAACGUGAACGAAAUUAAUUUGCUUGAAGUCGCGAACGCUGCGGUAGGCGCGACACGUUCAAUCGAAAGAUGGACAAUGGGAUACCUGAACGAAGUGGAAACGAAUUUACAACGACUGAUACAGGUUGUGGAGGGUCCCGAGGGUUUGGAGAAAAGAAUAGCCAUGAUGAGAGGAUUUGGAGAAGGAAAUAGCACGUUGCAGCCCGGGGCUCAAUCAGCAAAUCGAUCUACACCUGGAAUGAAUUUAAGAAUUCAUAUGAUGGCUCGAGUAAAGCGAAUAGAAGAAAAAGUAAAAUCGAUAGAAUUGAAGCUGAAGAUAAACGAAUGUAGUAGCAAUCCCUGUCUGAAUGGCGGUACGUGUCAGGAUCUUUACGAAGGAUACCAGUGUCAUUGUCCAUCAAAUUGGGAGGGUCCAAAUUGCGUCGUCGAUGUAAAUGAAUGCGUUCGACUAUUAGGAACAGAUCUUGGAUGCCAAAAUGGAGCCACCUGCCAUAAUCUUCCAGGAUCAUACAGUUGCGAUUGUACAGCAGGAUGGUACGGUCUCCACUGUACGAAGAAGUCUUCCAUUUGCAAACCGGAAAACUCCAACGAACUAUGUGGUCACGGUGUCUGCGUUAGCAAAGAAGGUUCUCCACUUGGUUACACCUGUAUUUGCGACCAAGGUUGGCAAUCCGAAGGUACUAAUCCAGCUUGUAUCAAAGACGUGGACGAAUGCUCCGAAAACCAUAGACCGUGUUCUGUGAAUCCUUGGGUUGCUUGUCGAAAUGCUCCCGGAACCUUCUUCUGUGAUUCUUGUCCUCAAGGAUACUCAGGGAAUGGUUAUUAUUGUGCGGAUAUCGACGAAUGUAUGAUCGACAACGGAGGUUGCAGCACAGCUCCCAGAGUUCAAUGCAUCAAUACCAUGGGUUCAAGAAUGUGCGGUCCGUGUCCCAGAGGAUACAGCGGCGACGGUGUCACUUGUGUCUACGUUGGUAGCUGCGCCAUCAACAACGGCGGCUGUCAUCCGUUAGCCACAUGCAUCGAGAAUCCAGCUCUCACGAGCGCCUACGUGAUCUGUCGUUGUCCAGCCGGUAUGAUGGGCGAUGGACUCGGCCCAAACGGUUGUCAAUCGACCGAGAUAUCUGCUCAUUCACCUUGCGCUAAUAAUCCUUGUGUGCACGGAAAGUGCACCAUCCAUGGUACCACCUACACUUGCAUCUGUAAUGCUGGAUACACCGGGAGCACGUGUGACGUCAGAGAUCCAUGUGUACCGAAUCCCUGUAAAAAUAGCGGUGUCUGCGUGAUUUCUAACGGCGUGCAAACCUGCGACUGUCCGUCGACGUACACUGGCAAUAGAUGCGAAACGCCACGGCAGACCUGCGGCGGUGUGUCGCGCAAUCCCUUGGGACAUCUCGAGUUCCCGAUCGGUGGAAACGUUUAUCAGCACGGACUGAGCUGUGCCUGGGUUCUAGUCACCAACAGUUCGCUUGUGUUGAACGUCACGUUCACCCGUUUCAACCUGGAACAUUCGACCGACUGUAAAUACGACUUUUUACAGAUACACGACGGCAGGAACGCCGGUAGUCAGAUGAUUGGCAGAUUUUGCGGCAACACUUUCCCCCUCAAGAAUGGAAAUAUCGUGUCCUCUCACAACUCUCUGUACUUUUGGUUCCAUUCGGAUAACAGCAUAUCUCACGACGGAUUCGCGUUUGAAUGGAAUAGUAUCGAGCCCGUUUGCGGAGGUACUUUGACGAAUGAUUACGGCACGAUCAGUUCUCCCGGAUCACCGGGAAGGUAUCCGCCGAACAGAGACUGUUACUGGACGAUUACAGUUAAAUCCUCAAAGAGAAUACAGAUUCAUUUCGGGCAAUUGAUGCUCGAGGAGCAUCCAUCCUGCGAAGCCGAUUUCCUCGAGAUCAGCACUAUACAUAACGAACGACUGGGGCUUUAUUGUAAUCACACUCAUCCGCCGCCUCUUGUUGUGCCAGCUUCCAAAGCUGUAAUUUAUUUCCACUCUGACAGUGCUGGACAAGAUGCUGGCUUCCAAAUUCACUACUCUGCCAUCGAAGGCGUUCCUGGUUGCAACGACGUAUAUACCACUCCUACCGGUACCGUUAGUAGUCCUACGAUCACAAAUAUUCAAGAUAUAGAAUGCGAAUGGAAAAUCCAGACGACUGUUGGUAAACGGAUAGAAAUUACCUGGCCUAAGUUGGAGCUCUCAGAUACCGAAUGUCGAAUGCAAAAACUCGAGAUUUACGAUGGAGAUAGCAGCGAAUCUCCAUUGCUCCAACGAUACUGUGGUACUAUGACUCCGCCAACGAUAAAGUCGAGCACGAACGUGUUGCUGAUCAUCUUCACAUCUAAAAUGUACUCAGAUGGCAGCUUCACCCUCUCCUAUAACACAGUAUGUGGCAAGCUAUUCACCGACGAUUCGGCAAUUAUCGAAUCAUCCAUGACUGCAGACGGGAUUGAUACCGUUGACUGCGUCUACGAGAUCAAGCAACCGCCUAACAAAAGAAUCGUUCUAAAUAUACUCGAGAUGAAUAUUAGUACUCAGACGAGGAUUCCAUAUAGAAGCCUGAGGCCGAUUAGAUUUCAUCAUUGGAAUCCCUGGGGAAUUUCCACUCUCAACUGGCCAGAGAGAUACAACUGGCAGGAUACAUACAACUGGAAAUUACAAGACGACACGCUUGCAGAAAACAGACCACCCUCUUGUUCGGCAAGUUCUCUCGAUGUGUAUGACGGCCCCAACGAGAACGCUCCGCGUCUCGCUCACCUUUGUAACGCUGUCGUAUCCUCGGACGGUUUAAACUUCUAUUCCACGCAAAAUGUUAUGUUGCUCAAGCAUCAUUCCAGGACUUGGGUCCGUAGUCAAAUCCACUUACUGGCUAAUUACACAACGAUUACAAACAGAUGUGGAGGAUUAUACACAGAAACCAGCGGAAUGAUUCAGACGAACACCGAGUACGGUCACUACCGCAACGGCGAAACAUGCAUAUGGACGAUACAGGCCCCGCUAGGUUAUAUCGUGCAACUCACCUGGUUGACAUUCGAUUUGGAAAAACAAAUUCGUUGUCAACACGACUAUGUCAAAGCAUACGAAAAUUACAUGACCAACAAAGAGGAGAUAGGAACCUUUUGUGGCGAUACCAAACCGCCGAUGAUAAUGACGCAAAGCAACGAAUUGACUUUGAUCUUCCGUUCCGAUUCGACGAUAACCCGCGAAGGAUUUACUGCCACGUAUCUCUUCCUCGACGCCAGGAAAAGUUGUGGUGGUCAUUUCGUUAAGCUAACGGGCGUUAUUCAAUCGCCAAAUUAUCCGAAAAAUUAUCCAAACAAAAGGGAAUGCACGUGGGUGAUCGAAGCACCGAACAAGCAAAAGGUGAUUCUCAAUGUGACGAACUUCCAUUUGGAAAAUCAUCCAAAUUGCGAUUUCGAUUAUCUAGAAAUCAGGAACGGUGGCUAUGCAACUUCUCCGUUGAUCGGGAAAUUUUGUAAAACCGAUGUCCCCGCGGAAAUAAUUAGUCAGACCAGUCAAUUGUAUCUGAAAUUCGUAUCUGACCAAACGAUAUCGUUCAGCGGAUUCCGUAUAGAAUGGGACAGCACGACCAUAGGCUGUGGUGGAACUAUGAACGGCGUCACCGGCGACAUCAUAUCUCCGAAUUAUCCGGAACCGUACAUGCACCGGGCGGAAUGUAAAUGGACGAUCGCGGUGGCGGCAGGCAGUUUGAUACGGUUGCUAAUAGUCGAUCUGCAAUUGGAGGAGCACACGAAGUGUAGAUACGACCAUAUCGAGAUAUACGAGGGGAGCAAUCGUCGAAACGGCCAGAGAUACUGCCAAUAUCCUUAUCCAAAAAUCAUUACGUCGAAGAGUAACAUGCUAAACAUAGAGUUCCGCUCCGACUUUACGAAUUCUGGUCGCGGUUUUCAUCUGAAAUAUGAAACAGUGUGCCAAAACACAUUACACGGCUUCUACGGCGUGAUAGAAUCUCCCAAUUUCCCGUACACGUACGAGAAGAAUGCGAACUGCAGCUGGACGAUUGACGCCCCUAUAGGUAACAAGAUCAACAUCACCUUCUCUCAUUUUGACCUCGAAGGGACGAGCUAUACCAACUCGUGCGACUAUGACUACCUGGAGGUGUACGAAGGUUACGAAGAUGGUCCUCAUACCCCGCUCGGGAAAUUCUGUGAUUCCAACGUCCUUCCACCCAAAAUUCAUUCGUCGGACCACCAAGUACACCUGAAAUUCGUCACCGACAGUUUCCUCAAUUCCAACGGAUUCCGACUGGAAUGGGUUGUCGAUGGUUGCGGUGGACAUCUGACAAGGCCCUUCGACUCGUUCACGUCACCCGGAUAUCCGUCCGCUUAUCCCUCGAACGUCGACUGCGAAUGGUUGAUCGAGGUCGAUUUCUCGCACAGCAUCGAACUGACUCUCCACGAUAUAAACACCGAGAAGCAGAUGGACUGCUACUUCGACAAGGUUCAAAUUUUCAGCGGCAAGGAUGAGAGCGCACCGAAAUUAGUCGAAAUCUGCUACUCGCCUAAACCUGUGGUGUACACCAGCUUCGGGAACCAGAUGUUCGUCAAGUUCCAUUCCGACGUUACGUAUGCGACCCGUGGAUUUAACGCCAGUUACAAAAGCGUUCCCAUCACCUGUGGUGGCAGAUUUACCACCGAUACAGGAAUCAUAUUCUCCAAAAAUUACCCGAAAAACUAUCCGCAUAGUCAGAAUUGCAAGUGGUUGAUACAAGUCGAUCAAAAUUACAUCGUUAAUAUCACCUUCUUGGACUUCGAUAUCGAGGACAGUAGGAAUUGCACCGACGAUUAUGUUCAGAUAUACGAUGGGCCGACAACGGACUCGCCGUUGUUAGGCACCCACUGCGGAAACGAACUGCCACCCUCUUACGAAUCAACCAGCAAUGAGAUGUUAGUUGUUAUGAGAACAGACAGAAUAUUAGGAGCGAAAGGAUUCCAAGCACGGUAUCGUAAGGACUGUGGCGCUCGCAUCAUUGUACGUGAUCAAGGGUACGUCGUUCCAUACGCAACUUACACCACCGACGCUCUUUCCGAUGGAAGCUGUACAUGGAUAUUGGUUGCCGAGGAUCUAGCCGAUCAUGUCACUGUGACAUUCACGUAUUUGGAUCUAGACGUGGUAGACUGGACUCAUCUAGAGGUAUUCGAUGGCGAAGGUUUGGAUGGGCCAUCUCGAGGCCAUUGGGAUGCUGGUACUGACACUGUACCCUUGCCGAUAACCAGUAACGGUAAUGCACUUACCGUGCAUGUGACCUCAAGCUACGAAUUGUUAGCACGCUUUUCCUUCACCUAUUCCGUAUUAGAUUCAGCAUGCGGCGGAACGUACAAGACGUAUAAAGGAGAGAUCGCCUCGCCGAACUACCCCGACAGUUACCCCUUAAACGCCGAGUGCAUUUGGAUCCUGGACAACUCGCCCGGAAAUAGACUUCGCCUGAAUUUCAUCGACUUCGAUCUGCAGCAAAGCGACGACUGUAACAUGGAUUAUUUGGAGAUACGCGAGGACAGUGGGAUCGGGAAGCUGAUCAAUACUUUCUGCGGAACCAACGCAGAACCAGUUCAAACGUCGAAAAAAUUAUGGAUCAAGUUCAAGAGCGACGACGAGGGUGCAGGCAAGGGAUUCAGAGCUCAUUUCCAAGUGAUAGGUGGAGACGAACUAAGUGGACCAGUAGGAACAAUCACUUCUCCGCUUUAUCCGAUUCCUUAUAAACAGACCUACACCAUGUGGAGAAUCACGGUCGAGUUUGGGUCGAUGAUUCGAAUCGAUAUCACGGAUAUAUAUAUUAACAAUUUCGAUACUGGCGACAACUCUCUCAAGGUGUACGAUGGUUACGAUGACAAUGCGCCAGUUUUGUUGGAAAUUCACAAUUUUGAUCAAGCUCAGUCCGUCACGUCCACUGGUAAUGUAGUCAAUAUAGAAUUUUCGAUCGAUGUCAGCCUUGUAUUUCGACAUGGUGGCUGGUUCUCCCUCAAUUGGCUUCAAGUACCAAGAAGCACCGAUGAUGGCAGUACGGAAAAUGAAGCUGUUAAACUGUCAGAGUGCAGUAUGGAAGUGUCUCUACAUAACAGCAGUAGAUACGAUAUCACGUCGCCCGGCUGGCCUCACGGCUAUGCCGAUAAUCUUCGUUGCGUAUGGAUUUUCACUUCUCCACCUGGAACUCACUUGGUCUUUAGAAUAUUAUACAUGGAUCUGGAAGAAACCAACAAUUGCGUGGCAGAUUUUGUCACGGUUUACAACGGCAAUGCCCUGACAGACGAGAGUAACGCGAAUCUAUUGCACAAAUUAUGCCUAUCGAACUCUACGUCGAUGACGAUAGAGGCGGAUAACGUGAUGACGGUGAAGUUCGAAUCAGAUAACUACUUGAACGAAACAGGUUUCAGCGCAUACGUCUACCAAGCUUGCGGUGGUAAGCUAUCUGGGCCAAACGGAGUGAUCGAGUUCAAUAAUGUUACAUCGAGGUUGCAGUCGCAUAGUUGGGAUGUUUCGUGCGAGUGGGUGGUCACAGUGAGGCCUGGGCGAACGAUAGAAGUGAACAUCGUUGAGAUGUCGAUAAAAAAUCCCAGUUCCACGUGCAGUAAUAAUUUUCUUAUGUUGAAAAAUGGUGGAGAGAUUGCGUCACCUUUACUUGGAGCUGGAAAAUACUGCGGUUUCGUGAUACCAAUCCCCCUCCAAACCACCGGAAAUCGCCUAUACGUGAAGGUGCACGGUAUUCAGCCCAAUAUUCACUUUAAAUUAACCUACAGCGAAGUGAGCAUGAACUGCGGAGGUGAAUUCUACCUGACGAGCAAGCAGAAGGAGUGGGAAAUCGCCACCCCGAAUUACCCGAACAUCCCUCCAACAUAUUCCGAGUGCACGUGGACAGCAAUAGCGCCUGGCAGAGAAAGGAUAUUCAUCCAUUUCAUCGAAAGAUUCGAUUUGAGUUCCUCCCUAAACUGUGAGAAGGAGUACGUUGAAAUCAGGGAUGGUGGAACGAGCAACUCCAGACUGUUAGGAAGAUACUGUAAAGACACAGCUCCCAGCAGCAUGGUCAGUACCGAAAAUAUGAUGUACGUUCGCUUUUACACGGACGUCCCCGAGCCCAAGAAUGGUUUCAAAGCUGUGCUCUCUAUCAAAGAUUUAUGCGGUGGGAUCAUCAGAGGUCUCAGUGGCUUCAUCUCAUCACCGAAUUAUCCGUUGGGUUACGCCAAAAAUCAUAAUUGCACUUGGCGAAUAAUCGCUCCAGCGGAUCACACAUUGAAAUUCACGUUCUUAGAUAUAAACUUACCUAACCGCCAUUCUUGCAAGGAUUACGUGCAGAUCCAGGAAGUGAUGCUGGUGAAUAACACGAGUAUCGAAAUUGGCAAGUAUUGCGGUUUCGUGAAACCGGAAGCCAUCGAAACGGCAUCCAACGAAGCGAUAGUGACGUUCAUAAGCGAUGAUAUCGAAUAUGUAUCCUACCGGGGUUUCAAUCUUAAUUUUACCGCUAGUCAAGAAAUCUGUGGAGGUGAAAUCACUGAUAUGACGGGCACGAUCAAGCCGAACGGUUAUCCCAAUAUCGCAACGAAUUCAAAAUACUGUGACUGGAGAAUUAAAUUACCGGUAGGAUAUUACGUAGUUGCUGAAUUACAGGACUUGGAUAUCAUGCCCGGAACUCAGUUACGACUGGGUUACACAGUAACGUUUUACAACGAUUUCCGCUUCAAAUCCAGGAUCAAGACAAUACGAUCGAAUUCAACAGAUCGAAUAAUAAUAAGCUCUAGUAAUACCAUGAUGAUCGGUUAUUAUUCGUCACCAGGCUAUCGUGGUUUCAAAUUGCGCUAUCGUGCCGAACCGAAUCCUCCCUGCGGUGGAGUGAUACAAGAAAUCAAAGGUAAUCUGUCAGCACCAAAAUAUCGACCCUUCAACGAGUCGUCCUAUUUCUGUCUCUGGAACAUAGUAGCACCGAACAGUCUAAUAAACAGCAAUCAUCUUGGAGUGACAUUGUCGAUAAAGGUGAUUGGCCUGGUUGCCGAAAAUGGAUACCCCUUAACCAACUAUUGUUUCCGGGACGGGGUCAUCUCCCUCAGUGGUAUCGGUAUGAUUUGCGGCAACUUCUCGGAACCGGUGUACUUGAGAAGUCCCAAACUGAUGAACGAGUUGACCAUAUUGAACGGUACUUUUGGGGCACCGAUGCGCUUCACCCUCGAGUACGAAUGGCAACCUUGCGGUGGCAUUCUUAACGGAUUGACGCACGUGAUACAGGCGCCUAAAAAUAUAUCCUAUCCUAUUAGUUGCGUGUGGCACGUGAAUUAUCCAGACAAUGGAGAAAUGAUCAAGCUCCACUUCAACAGACUACACUUGGGUGGCUGUGACAAGAAUUACAUCAGUAUCAGGAACGGCGGUCCACUCUCGCCAGAGAUCGGCAAAUUCUGCGGUAACGUGCAACCUAAUAACAUCACCAGCAUAUCUAAUCAGCUGUGGAUCGAAUAUACAGCAGUAGAGGAUCCCAGUGACUUCGAGUUCGUCCUGGAACCAGAGAACGACGGAUGUGGAGGCACACUUCAUGACAAUAGUCGCGAAAUAUCAUCCCCUAAGUUCCCGGCGAAAUAUCCCAACAACGCGGAGUGCAUCUGGGAAAUAAUGGCGGACAACGGCUAUCACGUCGGCCUGGUAUUCGUUGAUCGUUUCAAUUUGGAGAGCAGCCCUAACUGCGAGAAGGAUUACGUACAGAUGUUCGACUGGGUGACAGACACAAAGAAUAAAUCUUCCAUUGGAAUGUGGAAGGAUCUUGGAAAAGUCUGCGGUAGAAACACGCCGUUGACAUUCAAUUCGACCAGCAAUCGUAUGAAAGUUAUCUUCCAUUCGAACGAGGCGAUCCAGGGUGACGGAUUCCGCGCCGUUUGGCAGGAGAACUGCGGUGGAGUUUUCGAAGCCACCUCUCAGCGGAAGAUUAUCACAUCGCCAUCGUAUCCGAAUUUCUAUCCGCCAAAUUUCUUCUGUAAUUAUACUAUCGUGGCGUCAGAAGAAAGCAUAAUAAUCAGUUUCAAGGAAUUCCAGAUCGAACACAGUCGCAAGGACUGUAUCUUCGACAAUGUGACGAUUUCAUACGAAGACACGUAUGUAAUGGAGGAGAAUGUUUAUUGCGGAGAGAAUAAGCCACCCUUAAUAAAGGCGACAAACAAAGCAGAGAUCAUCUUUAGAACCGAUAGAUUCAUUCAACGAAGCGGUUUUCUAUUCGAAUAUCAUCUCAAUGACUGUGGCGGAACGAUAACAGAGCCUGGAGACAUUAAGCUCUUAACACGCGAUGGCACAUACCUCGGAGGGACGGACUGUGUCUGGAAAAUCCAAGCACCUUCAGACAAGAGUGUCGUUCUCCGUUUCGAAAGUUUCGAACUCGAGUCCAGCUACAGCUGUUUAUACGAUGCCGUGACAAUCUACGAAGGCCUGGAGGAAAACGAGCAGAACAGACUAGCUAAACUGUGCGGAGAUCUGUCGGAACAUUUGCCAGUCAUAAAGUCUAACUCAAGUUCCAUGCGGGUUUUGUUCCACGCGGAUUACAGCCGCCAGUAUACUGGUUUCACCGCAAAGGUACUUUUCGUGAAAAGUGUCGCAGCAGGUUGCGGCGGAGUCAUUCAUUUGCUUACUCCUCAUAGUCAGACGUUCAAGACUCAGAAAGAUUCGAUGUACGAUAGCCUGGAAGACUGUCACUGGAACGUGAUAACAUCAGUGGGAAAAGUUAUCAAAUUCACCAUCAACAGCAUGGAUAUCAAGAAUAAAACUAUCAAUAAAAAUGCCACUAUCGACAAUGAAUGCACUGGCGAUUUCCUUGAGGUUCGCGAUGGCGCCGGACCUUUUAGCCAGCUUUUGGGAAAAUUCUGUGGCAACCAACCUCCGCUUCCUAUAUUGUCCGGUUCCAACACUCUUUGGAUACGAUUCGUCAGCGAUGGUACGCUGGAAGGAGCUGGCGUCGAUGGCACGUUCGACACAUUAGAUGCGUUAUGUGCCUAUGCCGCCCCAAUAGCAAACAACUCGAGACUUACACUGACUUCGCCGAAUUAUCCGAAUAAUUACGAACCAAACACAAGGUGUCAUUGGACAAUAAGUUCCGAAGACAUGUACACCGAAAGACUAAGGAUACAAUUUUUAGACUUCGAUCUGGCUGACUCCCACCAGUGCGAAGAUGACUACGUCGAAAUCAUAGACGGCAGGAAUCGAAAGUACAUCGAGGAGGGCUACGGCGAGGACUUCAUUUGGAAUGGAAACAUGCUGACAGAAAUGUAUGAUUCGGGCGAUUUUGCACCAUCCACUUCGUACAAAUACUGUGGCAACAAUUUGCCUCAUGAUUUCUAUAGUUACAGCACCGAACUGCACGUGACCUUCAAAGGUUCUAGCACUGGUCACAAAGGUUUUAAACUCGAAUAUAGCAGGUCGACGUGCGAUCGGAAUUUCACUGCAGAACAAGGUCGAAUCGUGCACGAAGGUAUCACUGAUUGUUGGAUCACGAUAACAGCGCCUGAAAACCGCACAAUCUCUUUAUAUUUUAACCAAUUCUCGCUCUACGACCCGGACGAGUGCACCAAGAGCUCCUUACAAGUGUUCGAUGGUGAUUGGACUAAUAAAUUGGUAGCGUCGUUGUGCUCUAUGGAUGUGCCUAGUCCUAUUUUCAGUACCGGAAACAAGUUGAGUUUACAUUCUUGGUCCGAAUGGUCAUCCAGCUAUGAGUUCUACGACAUCACAUAUACCACUACGGACGCAGGUCGUGGCUGCGGUGGUCGUAUAUUUAAUUACGCCGGAUCGUUUACGUCACCUAUGUACCCCAACGAAUAUCGCAAUAACACGGUGUGUGUCUGGGACAUUACCGUACCAAAUGGCCUGAAAGCCGCCUUGACUUUCCCAGUAUUCGACCUCGGCACGAAGAAGAGCUGCUCUUACGAUUACAACGUUGUGAAAAUCUACGAUGUCACAUCGACUGGAGAGGAAGUUCUUUCCACUACUUACUGUGGAGGGGAUGAUCCGGCAUCGUUCGUGGCCAGCAGCAAUCGGGUGAUCGUGAAAUUUAUUUCAUCGGUGAACAAUAUUGGAACCGGUUGGAGAGCGAAUUUCGAUGGCCGAGAGGAUUAAGAGCAGAGACGUCUGAGUGCAAACAUCAGAGAACGAUUUAUAAAUAUAUUUAUUCUAUCAAAGUGUAUGUAUAUUUCGCAUGUUAACAAUGCAGUAUAUUUAUGGUAGAGUGCUUUGAAAAGGUAAACGAAUUAAGGCGAUUGUCCGACAACUAUUAUCUGUAAAUAACGUAAUGUUUGUGCGAUGUGGGUAGAGAUGAAAUAAAUCAGAUUUCGUACAA